AUGUCAACCAAUAAAACAGUGAAUCGAUGGACAUCAUGGCUCACAAAGAACAUGUUACUACUAAUGACAAUGGCUGGAAUCAUAAUGGGUGCCAUAAUUGGAGGAAUCCUUCGAAAUCUAGAACCAUCUCCAGACGUUAUCAGAUAUGUCGGUUUUCCGGGAGAACUGUUCAUGAAUAUGUUAAAGGUUAUGGUGUUACCCUUGAUUGCUGCAAGUAUUGUGUCAGGACUCUCCCAACUCGACGGGAAAACCUCGGGUCGUCUUGGUUCGCGUGCAGUCAUGUAUUAUGCGAUAACCACAACGCAUGCAGUUAUUCUUGGAAUCAUUGUCGUUUCGAUCAUUCAUCCAGGUGAUCCAACUAUCAAACAGAAAAUGGGAAUCGAGGAGGGAGCAACUGCGAAUGAGCCCGCUGCUCAGAAGUUUUUGGAUUUGUUUAGAAAUGCGUUUCCGGAGAACAUAAUGAAAGCGACGUUUGCCCAGGUACAAACUCACUAUGUUAACCACACCAGUUCGAAUGGUGUACAACAGUUGGUGCCGAAAACAGGAUAUGUGGAUGGGAUGAAUGUAUUGGGAAUUAUCGUGUUCUGCAUAGUUAUGGGUCUUGUUAUCUCAAAAAUAGGGGAUGAAGCGAAACCGUUGGCUGACUUAUUCCACGCACUCGACGUUGUUAUCACCAGAAUGGUAAUGAUGAUCAUGUGGUUGGGACCAAUUGGAAUACCCUCGUUGAUAGCCCAAAAAAUGUUGGAGGUGUCAGACUUAUGGCAGACGGCAAGGAUGUUAGGAUUGUUUGUAUUCACUGUCAUUCUCGGAUUGGCUAUUCAGGCAUUCAUCACCCUCCCACUCAUUUAUUUCAUUGGAACUCGUCACAAUCCAUACAAAUUCUUGAAGGGACUUGGACAAGCGAUUAUGACCGCUUUGGGCACAUCAUCAAGUGCCGCCUCUCUUCCAGUCACUUUCAGAUGUUUGAACAAGUUGGGCAUCGAUCCGAGGGUGACUAAAUUUGUGUUGCCAGUGGGCGCUAUGGUUAACAUGCAGCAGUCGCAACAAGACCCAUUUCUCGUAUCCGGGCGGAACUUUGAACGAGUGGUCAACCACCGGCAAAUGGGAACUAUAGGAAACCGCAAACAAAAAUAUCAGGACGGAACUGCGCUCUACGAAGCGACCGCCUCAAUCUUCAUUGCUCAAAUAAAUGGACUCGAACUAUCGAUUGGUCAACUCGUGACCGUAUCCAUAACUUCCACGUUAGCCUCAAUUGGUGCCGCCUCAAUUCCUUCGGCUGGAUUGGUGACUUUGCUAAUUGUCCUCACUGCUCUUGAUCUUCCAGCCGAUGAUAUUUCUCUUAUUUUGGCAGUCGAUUGGUUUUUGGGCCGACUUCGUGCAUCUGUGAACAUAAUUGGCGAUUCCAUGGGAUGCGGAUUCGUUCAUUACAUUUGUGCUGAUCAUUUGAAUGCGGACGUGGCAGAGGCUGAGAAGAAUCAUGCAAUUGUAGAGGCUCAUGGAGUAAAUUUCGAUGAGCUCGAAAAAGAGUGUGAACAGGAGAACGAACAUCAACGGAAGCAGAAUACAGUGGAACUUGUGUAA